GGAAGUAUUCGGAUAAAAUACUUUCGAAUUGUUCCAAGUAGAACUAAUUAUUUUUUGGUAAACGCAUAUGAGACUAAUCUUUUAAAAUUUUCUGUUGGCAUUGAAAAGCGACCAAAGUCAAAAUUCUUGUAAAUGUUAUUUCCGGCUAAAAGUGAAUCCAAUCCCAAUUCGACGCUUAGAGAACAAUCUCCAGAGCCGGGCCAGUCCCGGGCCGAGUCAAUGGGGAGGCACUCGGAUGGGGAUGAUGCGAGUGGAAAAAGUGUCAAGGCAUCGACAAAAAAAAGCUACAAAAACCUGCAACAGUGUUCAUCCGUUAUACUAAACACAAUGUCCAAUAAGGGAGGUAUGACUUCAAAUGAAUCUUCUACAAAUGCUUGUCUCGAUGAGGAUGAUGAUGAACUGAAUCUUAGCGAUGGCGAACCAUUUGAAUCCAACGAUGAGGACGACGAGGAACCGACAAAUGGAAGGCGAGCUAACUCACAUGGUGAUGCAAUUGGAUCAAAGUUAAAACACGAAUUAACCAAGUACAAGCAGGAGUUGCAGGAGUACAAUGAGACCACAAAGGAUCUGGAGAAGAAGUACAUGAAGAUCAACUAUGAGCUGACGGAAAUGCAACAAAAACACGACAAAUUUGUGGGCAGACACGGUUCCAAUCCCGACAUGGAGUUGUCCAAUGAAAUGGACAAUGAAGAACACGAAUCCUUGGCAUAUUCCAUGUCCAAGACCAGCAUAGGAUCACAGUUGACACACAAGAAUGCAAAGAUAUUCCGUAGUAAUAGCAGCUUCAUGACGGUCCUGGAGGCACCCAGCUCCUCCAUGUUGUUGCACCCAUCCAAGAAGCGUCAACGGGCGGAGUCAAAGCCCGCCAAGAUCAGGCAUAAUCUGUCGGCCCAGGUGGAUGGUGGAUACAGCCAACAUAGUGUGGAUACUUCGCGACAUACACGACAUUCCCGCAGGACGCAGGACAUGCUCGAGGAUCAGGAGAAUGAGCCGACUUCCAUUAAGGAUAUGUACAAUGUGCUCAAGGAUGUGAUCAACACGAAACCGGAUCACAAACUCAUGUACGGCUAUGACCGGGACACUGGGGAAUUUACUCAACUGUACACCACUAUCAAGGAUCUCAAGACGGAACAACUGCAGUUCCGGAAUAUUAUACGUCAGCAGCAGGAACGUAUUUCGGAUUAUCAUAUGCGCUGCGUCAAGGCUCAGGACAUUAUGAAGACCCAGAAGCAUGAGAUUGACAAGCUGCAUGUGAACAACAAGCAACUGGAGUCGAGCAUCUACCAGGACAUCGAUACCUUGCGCUCCAAGAUCGACAGCAAGCUGAAAAGUGUCGCCAAGUUGCCACAUCUGAUGCGGGAGGAGCACACAAAAUAUGAGAAGGCAAUGCGGGACAAUUGCCUGAUGGCCGAGAAGCUCCAUGAACUGCAGAAGGAGGCGAAUCUUCUUAAGGCCAAGAUCGAUGAGCUUGGCAAGCGUAAACUGAUCACCGUGAAUCGUCUGAAAGCGGCGGAACGUGAUCUCAAGAUUUUCAAGAAUUACAACACGGCUCUCAAGACGGAAAAACGUCGCAUUUCCGACGAGUUGAUCACCAUGAAGGAACAACUGGAUGCGAUGCAGGUGGCCAGCAAACGGCAACUCAUUCGACAUCGGGAGCAGGCGGAGAAACAGCGUCGCGAGCUCCAGAAACGCAUCUAUGAUCUAGAGUUGAAACUCAGUCGUAGCCAGAACUCCACGUCGAGUCUGAUUCAGGAACGUGACAGUCUCAUUGCCGAGCUGCAGACACAGCUCCACACGCUGGUCCACAAUUUCGAGGUCUCCCAGAAGCACAUUCGUGUCCUGCGUCGUCACAUUUAUUCCAUGACCUCGGGCGGAGGGAUUAACAGUGGCUCCUCUGGCACUUCGAGUGCCCAACUGCGCCCCAAUGAACCGAGCCUCGUGAGGGUCAAUCAAAUGGUCCAGGGACAAAACCAAAGCGCCUCCCGACUCAGUACUCCACGCACCACGCUAAAGUCCAGAUCCUAGUCCUGAAGAGAUCCUGUCUCAGCGGCUCAGGCAACUUGAAAAUACGGCCAAUGGUUCAACGUAUCCAUCAUCUAUUGAUUUUGGAUGAUAUAUGUAUGAUUCUCGGGCCAUAUCAUCAAGUUGCCUGGACGUCAUCAUCACAUCCUUGUGACUGUGUUGACUGCGUGGAAAACUGAUUGAUAUUAUCUUUUGAUUGUUAUGUAAAUUUUUUUGAUUUUAAUCGAUUAUAAAUUAUGAGCGUAUUUAAUGGUUUUUAAAGCUCGCUUUAAGCUCUACUCUAC